AUGCGCCGCGCACGCCGCUUGAGCACGCUCCAGUGGUUCUUCAUGAAACACUUAAUGUGCUUUGGCUUACCGCAGAAGGAGCUGCGAAUGAAGAAGCAGUCGCUCAACAACGUGCAGUCGCGCCUCCAGACGCAACGAACCAACGGAACGCGCUCGAUUGCGCGCAGCGACACUCUCUCAGCUUUGAGCUCGAAAAAACCCGGCGGCAGCAGCGACGACAUUCGCGACUUGUUCUCGAUGGUCGUCCAAGAUGGCGACCGCCACAUCCACCUCCUCGACGGUCAGCGCAGCGACGAAAUGACGACAUCCUCGCCCGUGCCGCUGCGCGAGAUUAUGGACGAAGCGUUCGCGCGCGCCCUCGCUGCGACGACGCACGACGACCUCCCGGAAGGCUACGACCCCAAGGACUUUGAGGACAGCCUCCCCGACGGCUACGACCCCAAGGACUUUGAGGACGACUUGCCGCCAGGGUACAAUCCCCGAGAUUUCGAAGAUGGCCCCGACUACAGCGUCGACGCGCUGGCGGCGGACGUGGACUACGCGUUGGCACUCUCGCUGCAAGAGGCAGAGGCCGACAGCGACUAUACCUCGCUCGUUUCGCUGCAAGCCUCGGUCGCCAACGACGCCGACGACAACUACGAUGAGUAUGAAGAGGACGACGACGACGUUGUGCCCGCCAACUUUGAUUUUUCGGUUGCACCCAAGGACGACUCCAAGCCCAAGCGCAAGAAGCGGGUGCAGAAAGAUGCCCGCCGGUUCUACAGCGCCGCCAAGGUGGCCGCGGUGCCUCGCCAGCUCCUCGCGCUCAAGGGCCGACUCGAUGACAUGGACGCGCUCAUGACGUUUCUAUCUACGCAAAAGAACUCGCUCGCGAUUGCCAACGAUGGCCACAAGAUGUUUCGCGCGGCCGCGCAUGUGGGCGACGACGAGUUCUCGCUGUACGUCAAGGGCACGGAAGCCGACAUGCAGGUGCUACUGGCGUACGUCAUGACGCAGGUCGAGUCGGUCGUGAUCUUGGCCGUCAAGGACGUGGCGGCUGCGCCCGAGCCGCUGAUCAGCCUCGAUUAA